UUAUUCCCGUAUUCAAUUCCAUCCAUCCUUCCAGGCCACAAAACCCUGACCUCCAUACCAUCCUCUCAAACCAAAACACUUUCCCUUCGUAGAAGAUGGCCGGAGUCACAGUGUACGGCCCCCCGAUCUCAACGGCGGUCUCAAGAGUCCUCGCCUGCCUUCUCGAGAAAGACGUCCCCUUCGAGCUUGCCGCUGUAGAUAUGUCAAAAGGGCAGCACAGAUCCCCCGACUUCCUUAAGCUCCAGCCAUUCGGCAAAGUCCCAGCCUUCAAAGACGAGAACACAAGCCUUUUCGAGUCUCGCGCCAUAUGCCGAUACAUCUGCGACAAGUACGCCGAUCAAGGUUACAAAGGGCUUCACGGCCGUGGCUUACUGGAUCGGGCUUGGGUUGAGCAGUGGCUAGAAGCGGAGGCGCAGAACUUCGACCCGCCGAGCUCUGUACUGGUUUUGCAGCUAGCCUUUGCCCCUCGCAUGGGUCUGAAGCAGGACGCGAAGGUCAUCGAGGAGAACGAAAGGAAGCUUGCGAAGGUGCUCGACGUUUACGAGAAGCGUCUUGGAGAGAGCAAAUUCCUCGCCGGCGAUGAGUUCACCCUGGCGGAUCUUUCUCAUCUCCCCAACGGACAUUACAUCGCCGAUCGAGAUCAUCUCAUCAAGUCCAGGAAGAAUGUGGCGAGGUGGUGGGAGGAGAUCUCGUCGCGACCUUCCUGGAAGAAGGUUGUUGAAAUGCAGAGCGCCCCGGCUUCUUGAGCUCUUCGAUUUUUCUGUUGCUGAGAAGAAAAAAAUAUCUAGUUUUUCUUUUUGGUGGAUUUUGCAGUCUUUGAUCUUAAAGAACAAAAAGUCUGUGGAAGUUUUCAUUAAUCGGAUGUCUUGAAUCAGUGUUGUUGAUUGAUUUGGACAAGAAAUCAG